AUGGCCAUUGUUAGACUGUCUCUGCUCUACGUUCUUAUUUGGCUGGGCGUCGUAGACGCUUACAGAAAUGCGGUCAAUCCUAGACCAACUACGACAACUUCGGAAGUUAUAAAGCCAUGGCGUAGAACUAUUUACUCAACACAAGUGGAAGUAGUAACUCCCACAGUGAUUGCGGGAGUCACAUUCUCUGCUAAGCCCGCAGUUACUCCAGACCCUCUCCAACCAUGGGUGUCCCUCGACAAACUCGGAAAUCCGAAAACCGUUAAGCCGGAAAUCAAGAAGGGACGUACAGUUCGUGGAACUCCUGAUUACAGCACGUACUUCCAAACACUCCAUGUAACUACUCUCACAGGCGAUGAAAUAGGAGCACACAACAUGGACAAGGAUGACAUACUCGUUGAGGACGUCUUUGAAGACGAAGAUAAAACUUAUGUUUCUUUGAACCCUAUCAUCCGGUGCACACCUCAACGCUACAGAAACAAGGGACUGGCUAAGGAUAUUUCCAGCGAGCCAUUCUGCACCCCGUUCGAAAAUGUGGAAUGGAAAAUCGAUCACACUUACUUUGUGACUUGGUACACCAAGUUCUUUGAAGAUCCAGAAACUGACAAAAUCGCGGAAAAGGUGAGAUUGCAUGCGUUCUAUGUCAAGGAAAAGGCCCACGAAAAGGGUUUCAAGAAGAGAAACCUUCACGGGGCAUUUUUCAGUACUGAAUGGGUGAAAAACGUUGACGGUCUAUACCCCAUGGAACCCACGGAAGAGUGGCUUCAAGACAAGUAUGAAAGACGCAUUUUGAUCGCCAUCCAACCCGACUACAUUGAGGACGAGGCCUUCGACCCUUGGGCUAACGGAAUCCUGUUGCACGUCAUCAUGGGCUCCAGAGUGUUCAAAAAUACUAAAGAACAGCUGGCGCUUCAAGAUGCUGGUAUUUCGGACGAUACCUGGUACUAUGUGGCAUUGACGAUGCCCACAAUGGUGGUUGUGGCAUGCGUUGCCAUGUAUUUCUUCCUACACCUCAACAAGACCCAUCGCGAUAUUCAUGACGUUAGACAAUUUGCCGUGAAUCAAAGGCGCCGCGUUUUGGGGACAUUCAAAACCUUCAACAAAUACAAGAAGCUGAAGAACCGUCCUUACAGUGAGCUCCCUACUCACAGCAAAAAAAGCAGUAAGCAAAUUUGA